AUGUUCAGUGCUGCUCUUUUCUUCUUGGUGUUUCUGGCUGUGGCCCUGCUUUACCGGCAGCACGGCAGGCUCCUCCGGGGGAAGGCCUGUGGGGAUCUGCCUGGCCCUCGGGCCCUGCCUGUCAUCGGCAACCUCUCCCACCUCUUCCACCCCAACCUUCCCAUCCACUUCCUCAAGUUAUCUGAGCUAUACGGACCCAUCUACCGCCUUCGCUUUGGCAACAAAGAUGUGGUGGUGCUGAACAGUUCGGACCUAAUCCGAGAGGCGCUGAUGCGGAAAUGGACUGACUUCGCAGGGCGGCCACACAGCUUUCUUGCAAAUCUUAUUUCGAUGGGAGGCAGGGACCUGUCCUUGGGUGACUACUCACCGGCCUGGCGGUUGCAAAGGAAACUGACUCACACGGCCUUUCAGCGCUGCCUGCGGGUAGACAUGGAGCAGAUCGUCAGCAACCAAGCUCGGCAUCUCUGCCAGGUUUUCCAUGGUUACGGGGGAGAACCCGUGGAUGUGGCCCAUGAUUUUUCUUUGCAUGCCUGCCAGGUCAUCUCUACUACAAUGUUUGGGCCUUUGGGCGAUUCUGCCGUUAAAGAAAUUCAUGACUGCACUAUUGAACUGGUAGAAAGAUGGAGCGCCGCUUCCGUACAGGUUCUGGAUUUUCUCCCCGUCCUUCGGGUCUUCCCCAAUGCUGCGUUUCGAAAGCUGCUGUCCUGCGUUGCGAAGCGUGAUGCCUUCGUUCAGGACGUGAUGAAGAAACAUGAGGAGUCCUGCCAUCCCACGGAAACGCGGUACAUGGUGGACCACAUGCUGCAGUUCCUGUAUGAGCAUGCUGCUGACAAGCAGAAGGAUGUGGGCCUCUCGCCAGAGCAUCUCCAUAUGGCCAUUGUUGACCUGUUCAUCGGGGGAACGGAGACUACCGCUGCUUUGCUCACAUGGGCCGUGGCAUUCCUGCUACACCGUCCAGAGAUUCAGGAGCGAAUCUACCGCGAGAUAAUGACUGUCAUAGGUCUUGAUCGUGACCCUGCCUACAGUGACCGGGAGCAUUUGCCCUAUCUGAGUGCCACCAUCACGGAGUCUUUGCGCCUGCGUCCUUCGGCACCUCUCGCUCUGCCUCACGCGGCCACACGAGACACCAGCCUGUCUGGUUUCCACAUCCCGAAGGGCACAACCGUCAUCCCAAAUCUCUAUGGGGCCCACCACGACGAAAGCAAAUGGGAUCGGCCUCUGGAGUUCAGACCAGAGAGAUUCCUGGAGAGCGAUGCCUCUUCUCGUGAGGCCCAGCGGCAUCUGGUACCCUUCAGCUGUGGAGCGCGAGGCUGCCUGGGAGAAGCCUUGGCUCGCAUGGAGUCCUUCCUCUUCCUCGCACACAUCCUGCGGGAUUUCCGGAUGUUGCCCCCGCAGAACGGGUGUCUUCCUGACCUCAGGGGACAGUUUGGGACCGUGGUGCAUUGCAAGCCCUUCACUGUUCGGCUGGUACCCAGAGGGACUGACCCUGCAGCGUGA